AUGGCGCACAACAGGAUCCCGCCGCGGUGGCUCAACUGCCCGCGGAGGGGCCAGCCCGUAGCAGGAAAGUUUUUACCUCUGAAGACCAUGCUAGGACCAAGAUAUGACAGUCAAGUUGCCGAGGAGAAUCGGUUCCAUCCCAGCAUGCUGUCCAAUUACUUGAAGAGCCUAAAGGUGAAAAUGGGCUUACUGGUGGACCUGACAAACACUACUCGGUUCUAUGACCGGCAUGACAUAGAAAAAGAAGGGAUCAAGUACAUAAAGCUUCAGUGUAAAGGGCAUGGCGAGUGCCCCACGGCCGAGAACACGGAUACUUUCAUCCGUCUGUGUGAACGUUUUAAUGAGAAGAACCCUCCUGAACUUAUAGGUGUUCACUGUACCCAUGGUUUCAAUCGAACCGGUUUUCUUAUUUGUGCCUUUUUGGUCGAGAAGAUGGAUUGGAGUAUUGAAGCAGCAGUAGCUACCUUUGCCCAAGCCAGACCACCGGGAAUCUACAAGGGUGAUUAUUUGAAAGAACUUUUUCGUCGUUAUGGGGAUGUUGAGGAGGCACCUCCCCCACCUGUGUUGCCAGAUUGGUGCUUUGAAGAAGAUGAAGAUGAGGAUGAAGAUGAUGAUGGAAAAAAGGAAUCAGAGCCUGGGUCUAGUUCUUCUUUUGGCAAAAGGAGAAAAGAGCGCCUAAAACUGGGUGCCAUUUUCUUGGAAGGUGUGUCUGUUAAAGGUGUAACCCAAGUAACAACUCAACCUAAGUUAGGAGAGAUACAACAAAAAUGUCAUCAGUUCUGUGGCUGGGAAGGGUCUGGAUUCCCUGGAGCACAGCCGGUUUCCAUGGACAAGCAAAAUAUUAAAUUUUUAGAGCAGAAGCCAUAUAAAGUAAGCUGGAAAGCAGAUGGCACUCGAUAUAUGAUGCUGAUUGAUGGCACAAAUGAAGUUUUUAUGAUCGAUAGAGAUAACUCAGUGUUUCAUGUUUCAAGCCUGGAAUUUCCAUUUCGUAAAGAUCUUCGCAUCCAUUUAUCAAACACGCUCUUGGAUGGGGAAAUGAUUGUCGACAAGGUAAAUGGACAGGUCGUGCCUCGAUAUCUGAUAUACGACAUAAUCAAAUUCAACGCUCAGCCAGUUGGAGACUGUGAUUUCAACAUUCGACUGCAGUGCAUAGAACGAGAAAUAAUAUCUCCCCGUCAUGAAAAAAUGAAGAAUGGGCUUAUCGACAAAACACAGGAACCAUUUAGCGUUCGAAACAAACCAUUUUUUGAUAUCUACGCUUCGAGAAAGCUUCUUGAAGGAAGUUUUGCUAGAGAAGUCAGUCAUGAAGUGGAUGGACUUAUUUUUCAACCUGUCGGAAAAUACAAACCUGGUCGAUGUGAUGAUAUUUUGAAAUGGAAGCCUCCAAGCCUGAAUUCUGUGGAUUUUCGUCUAAAGAUAACGAGAAUGGGUGGAGAAGGGCUGCUUCCUCAGAAUGUUGGCCUUCUGUACGUUGGAGGAUAUGAAAGACCGUUUGCCCAGAUUAAGGUGACAAAGGAGCUGAAACAGUAUGACAAUAAAAUUAUAGAAUGCAAAUUUGAGAACAACAGCUGGGUCUUCAUGAGGCAGAGAAUAGACAAAAGCUUUCCAAACGCCUACAACACCGCCAUGGCGGUGUGUAACAGUAUCUCCAACCCGGUCACCAAGGAAAUCCUCUUUGAGUUUAUCGACAGGUGUGCCGCAGCAUCUCAAGGACAAACACGCAAACAUCAUCUGGAUCCUGACACGGAGCUCAUGCCCCCGCCUCCUCCCAAAAAACCUCGUUCUUCGACCUAAGGCUGGCGCCUGAUGCCAAGGUCAGGGAAAGCCCAGUGGGGAAAGCAUGCAUUAUUUUUACAGUUUUGCAGCCAGAGAAAUGCAAAAGUAUGUGGAUUAAUUCACAUUUGCAAAUAAAAAGGUAUUAUAGCCUUCCUGUAAAUAAAAUACCUAGGUACAGUUUUUUUCUCCCCUCCCCCAGUGCCACAAUACAUCACAAACUUUUAAACAUUCUCUUUGAAUCCGAUGAACUCAAUGUUACCUUAUGGGAUCGGAAGAUUGAAGUAUCCAAAGCCUUAGACAAGAACAGAAUUAGGGGAAAGAGGCCUUGUUUAUAUAUGGGUAACCUCCACCUUUAAUUUAUAAUGCUAACCAUCUGGAACUGUGAGAAUAUGGAACAUAGUAUUUUUAAAGAGUAGUUUUCAAUUAUAGUGAAAUUACAAAAUGUUUCCUUUUGUUAUUUAAGCGGUGGGGGUUAUCCAUUCUGUCAUACCAUCAUUCAUUAUGGAUUUCCUCCAUUUCCAAGAUUCCUGUGUAUGAAAACAGACAACGGUGUUGUUUGUGUAUCUUGCUCGUUAAAUGAUUUUCGUUUCAACAUGUUUUUAAGCAGAUCGUUGUUUUUCUUGGGGGUGGAAGUACCAAGAGUGAAUGAACCUUCAUUGUUGUAAAUAACAUCCUUUCUAAAGAAGUGUGUGGAUUUUUUUUUUAACUUGUUUUGAAGUAUCACAUCUAAUUUAUGGUGUGCCGAUUUUAGCUUUGGCUUUUAAGUUCUCCGAAGAAAACUAGCCUGCACCAAACCCAAAGGGCGCUGUGAAGCUAUUUCUAGUGGCAGGCCUCCUCCAACUCAUCCCUCCGCGGUGAAAACCUGGGCAGGAUACAUGACCCGAAACUCUCUGCCUCACUGGGAUGUGCUUGAGCCAUCCCCAACACAAAUGAUGCCGUGUUAAUUCCAGCACAAGGCAAUUCUCAAGAAAUGCCAGCUGGUUCCUCUGAUUGGAGGCAAUCAGGGGGCUAGGCUGUCACCCGACAGACACCAAGGUAACGACGACAAGGCCUUCAUCAGAACCGGCCAUCGAGGAGACCCCAGCAGGAGUCUGCUGGCCCGGGACUAUCUUCUCUCUCGAUGACAUUGCACCAAAUGAACCCAACAAAAAUAUGUCGACAGGUAUUACUACUGUGCUGGAGAGAGUCAUCCGCUCUGCCAAAGCGGAAAAGCCAGCUCUCUUCAGAUUGGUUUGUGGAAGAACUGUUGUAGGAUCUAGACGAUUAGAAAAAAAUGUAUUAUAAAGGAAACAGAUUUAUAAAGUUUUCUGUAUCUGUAUUAAAAGUGGAUUUCCCUGGGCUAGGUUUUUAUACAUGUAACUAUUCUGAUGGAGGGGAGGGGGAAAGGGCCCACACUUGACCCACACACAAAAAUCCCUAAGGGCAUCUAACAGUCAGACUCCCUGAUGAGACUUCGUCUGGUAGAGUGAAGAGGAACCAAAAAUGAGUUUUAACGUUUGUAAACAAAGUUUUCUCAUGCGCUGAUUUUUCUAUAGGUGUAGCUCCAGGGCCUUGCUUGGUGAGGGCUCUCUUGCUCUUUUUUUUAAUUUUUUUUUUUAAAUGUUUCAGUGUGAUGUGUAAUCUCUUGUGUGUUUAUCCAAUAUGGCCAUUUGGCAGGGGGUGGGGGAUCUUUGAGGGUCUGUUCAUGCAGGUGUCGGGGAACCGAAGGGGUAAAAUUACCCUUUGGCUUAAGAGACAGGCUCUAAGUUGUUGCUUUUAACAAUAUUUUGUACAAACAGAGGAAAAUUAGGUGUCCCCUAUACAAGGUGGCCAAACUACUUGUUUCCCAAGCUAAAGCCUUAUUUGUUCAACGCAGAACCCAGAACCCUAUGCAACCAUAAUAGCAAGCUGUUCCAUCCUUCAUCGGAAGCGCUGCUUCCUCCCAGCCAACAACGCAGUUCCCUUCGGACAGCGACGCUACAGCCCUUUCACGGAGAUAAGUUAUAAUGUACUUUUUGUCAAUGAUCUUUAGUGUCGUUUAAAUGGCUAUGGUAAUUGUAACCUUUAAAGAUGAGUUAAAGGAAAAGAGCAUCUCGUUUUUUAAUAUCUAGGAUAUUUUUCUCUCCUCGUCGCUAUGCAUUUCACAGGAUUCAUUUCUCCUCUCUUGUCUAAUGCAGCAGCCUGUCUUCAAACCCCAUUCCCUUUAGCUCCUGAAUGCACUUUCCUAAUCCUUAUAAGGAAAGCUGUAGCCCCUUCAGCCCCUUGCAGGGCCAGGGAAAAGAGAAAAUCCAAAGCCUUUCCUUAAGGGUGAGGCUGGAUUUGGGGCUAAAGGUCCAUGGCUUCACACCCCCGCCUAACCCACUGCCCACCAGAUGGUUUUUGAGACUGAAGUCUGGUGGAUAAGAGAAGUCCCAGAAAAUAGAAGACAAAACAUCUCUCCAGCUUUGCUCUUUGGAAAAGGGGGAAAAGAGAAGCUGGGACCUCCUGCACAAGUGACAUUUGCUUUCAACCAAGUGCCCACUCAUUGGCCCUGAAUUGUGGAUCUCUGUGAAUGUUUCAGUAAAGCCACUGGUUUAAAACAACAGGGAGCCAUUCACUUGGUCAGCCUCAGGAGUGAGCAUUUCCCGUUCUACCCCCCAGGGGCUGGAGCUGACUUCCUCCAUGCCCAGCACUGCCAGCUAAGGCCUAGCUGCUAUCAGCCCUGCUUGGACCCAGAAAUGACUCCACCCAGCUUCCCAGAGCCAAAAUAUUUACCUUUCAUACCAGGAAGUCCACACAUCUCAGGCAGCUCCCAGGGAAGCAGGGCCGUUGGCUCCAGGACAGCAGCACAGUCAUCCCCUUUCCACUGCUGGGGAGGAGGAGGGAGGAGGGAAAGAGGGGGAAGAUGGGUGAGCAUUUAACGACUCAUUACCUGAAAGGCUUUCUGUAUGAGCAAAGAGAGAUUCUGUUACAUGUUAUUUUUUUAAAUACAUUGACAUUCUCACAGAAUACUUAGCAAUAAAUGUUCUGGAAUGAUAAAAUGAUGAAAUACCAAA